CUCACUCUCCCCAUAGUCGUCUGCAAUGCGUUGUGUAAACGUGCUAAGUGUUGCGUUUUUCGUCUUUUUUCCAUUGCAGUUACUAUUUCGUUUAAUUAUGGUUUAACCUAUAACCUCUCAUUCUGUGUUCACGGAUUUAGUUUCUCAUUUUCCCGGCGAAUCACACGAAGUAGUGUUCGGGACAUUUACCUAGUUUGAAGAACGCAUCCGUGCGCGUCGUUUGAGCCAUCGUGGUUUGAACAAAUGGAGGGUUCGUUUGAAUACGGCCGGGACAUAGCCUUGCUUUACGGGUCCCUGCGUUCUGCAGAACGCUUACUCAGCAAACAGGUCUGUGGACCGGCUACAGAACUGGACGAAUGCGCAACGUACAGUGAGACCGUAAGCCGUGGAGUUCAGAAUGCCUAUAAGGGUGCUGUCACAAAGGAUAAUGUUGAUAAGAGAAUGCAUUGUGCCUUACUCUGCAAUGUACUAGUGACUUCCGGCAUUCUGAAGAAAGAAGAGUUGAGCUAUUUCGAGUCAAUCCUCGAUAAUAUUCCGAGAUUUAGCAUUCGGAUCUAUUUUGCCGUAAUAGAACGUUGCGGCUGGACGGACCACUUCAUUCAGGCACUAAAGGCCCUUCCUAAAUCCAUAAGGCUGGCAUUUUUGAGAAAGGCUCACAGCUAUACGGAAGAUUCGUAUCAUACAUGGCUCUGCCUUGUGUCUGUGUUGGCUUGGUCUGUGUACAUCGAACCCAUACAAGGUACAUGA